AUGAGCGUGGUCACCGGGAAACUGCCAGCGAGAUGUUAUAUGCGAUUUUGGCUACGCAAGUUGCCUGAACAUGGGUCUGAACAUCACAUAAAGGAUUCCGCACAUUUUGUGUCAAUUUUAAGUGGUUUGCGAUUAGAAAAUGAUGAAAUGAUGGUUAGUUUUGUCGUUGAGUCACUUUUUACGAAUGUGCCAGUGCAAGAAGUUCUUGUCAUCAUCCGUGAGCUUAUCUCAACCGCCGGCAUUAAUGAGAACUAUUUGCCUCUUUUGGAUUUCUGUCUCUCUUCGGGCUAUUUCUGCUUCAACGGACAAUUUUAUUUGCAAAAAGAUGGCGUCGCUAUGGGCUUGCCCUUAGCUCCAUUGAUUGCAGAUAUUUGGAUGGAGAAUUUCGAGAAAAAAGCUCUGGACAGUUCGAAAGAAAAACCAAGAGUCUGGCUGAGAUAUGUGGAUGAUACUUUCUGCAUUCUCAAAAAUUCCGCCAUUUUGAAUUUUUUAGAACAUCUCAACGCACUACAUCCAAAGAUAAAAUUUACAAUGGAAAAAGAAAAAGAAGGUUCCAUUGCAUUUUUGGACGUAAAAGUGAUGCGCAACCAAAAUGGCUCCUUAGGACACACGGUUUACCGAAAAAGCACCCACAUUAACCGAUAUCUUCAUGCUGACUCCCACCACCACCCAGCAAAUUUGAGUUCCGUCGUUUCCACACUUUUUCAACGUGCUCAUAGAAUUUGUGACAGCGACCAUCUCAGCACAGAACUUUUGUUGUUGGACAAAGUCCUAGAAGCGAAUGGCUAUAGUAAAAAACAAAGAUCGUGGAAGCCAUUUUCUUCACAGGAAAUGAAAGAGAACCAACUCGACAAAAAAGCUUUCCUGCCUUAUGUUAAAGGUGUAACUGAUAGAGUGGGAAAAAUCUUAAAGAGAUAUGGUGUAAACUCCAUAUUUUUACCACCAAAAAAAGGUGAUAAACUACCUAAAAUCACCAAAGGAUCAAUUUCCCCUUGA